AUGGCGAACAAUCAGCCGAACGCGCCGACGGCUUCGGCCUCGUUGGCUUCGUCAUUUUUCAGAAACGUCAGCUUGGCGCAGAUUGACAACACUCGUCUCCUCAGUGGGCGUAGAGGAUCCCUAUGUGCUGGGCCUUGCGGAACCAUCAUUAACCAUCAGGACCCGUCUGAUAAGACUUGGGAACUGGUAGAGCGCUGCCGCCAUUGCCGAACCCCUCUAUGGUGCUCCCCCCAGUGUGCGCAAUUCCAUGGCCAGUCGAUCCGUCUUGACCCCAAGGGACCGCUCGAGAUAUUGGUCCCAAGUUCUCAGAGUGUGCACGAAGCUAUCUGCCGUGGUAUCAGCAGCCCUCCAUUCGGGGGCAGGACACACGCCCACCACGAAGCGUGUCUCUUUCCUGUCGGGGAGAGCACCGGCCAACUCAUCUGGGUCCGUUACGACUUGGAAACGGCCGAGCUCACCGUCGAGGACACGUCCUUCCACGUAUUCGGGAUGUACCCCUAUCGCGAACCCACCCGCCGCGUCCUUCUGAGAGAUACCCUCGAGUUGCAAGGCUGGACCUUCGAGUAUGACCUCCUGCUGAUAUCCUAUCCGCAAGCCUCCACGGAGUCCACGCCACUACCGUAUUUCACGGUGAACAGUUCUAUCGCCGCCCUCGCCAGGCCACUACAACUGAAGACAUGGGUUGGUCCUGUGGUUGUGGUUGCCGUGUCCCACAACCCUAGCGGAGAACACUGCUUCGUCCACAGCGUCAACUUCCGCGACAUCUCAGCCGCCGUUAUUUAUCAUCUCCGCCACUCGGACAAUAGCUGUCGGCCUCUCUUCCCUUCACCGGCAGAAAACGUUUAUCCGGCCUUGAAAUUAACAAAUCGCACGAAUCAUUACAUCAAUUUUGCAUUUGGCCGCCAACCUGCCAUGGCGCCCGUCCUCGUUCCUUCUUAG